AUGAGUAACGUGAAUGUUACAACAGUGACUGAAUUUGUUCUUUUAGGAUUUUCUGAUGUAAAGAAUAUAAAGUUAACAGUAUUUACUAUAUUUUGCCUAAUCUACAUUGUCACUGUUUUUGGUAAUAUUGUAAUUAUUAUUGCUGUUUAUAAUGACAGUCAUUUGCAUACCCCCAUGUAUUUCUUCUUAACCAACUUAUCAUUCCUGGAAAUAUUGUAUACAUCUAAUAUUAUUCCCCAAAUGCUAUUAAAUAUAAUUACAGAAAAUCCUAGUGUGACUUUUGUAGGAUGCAUUGUGCAACUCUAUUUAUUUGGUUCUCUGGGUUCCACUGAAUGCUUUCUUUUGGGGGUUAUGGCCUAUGACAGAUACAUAGCUAUAUGCAAACCUCUUCACUACUCAUUACUUAUGAGUGUUAAAUUAACUGUGACAAUGUCUGCCUGUUCCUGGACAACUGGUUUCAUGGCCACUUUUGGAGCACUUAUUUUAGUCUCCCAGUUACAUUUUUGUGGUCCUAACACAAUUAAACAUUUCUUCUGUGAUCUUCAUCCAGUCUUAAAACUGUCUUGCAAAAAUGCAUUUACUAUGGAAACUGUAGCUACUACCUUGGCUAGUACAAUUCUUUUGAGUUCUUGUUUUCUUACUCUAGCAUCAUAUGCACGCAUCAUUCUCACUAUACUAAGAAUACCCUCAACUAAAGAUCAGAAAAAAGCAUUCUCUACGUGUGCAGCCCACCUCACUGUGGUUGUUAUUUUUUAUGGUGCUAUGAUUUCAAUGUAUGUCAGUCCCGUAACAAUUAAUAACACUGAUUUCAAUAAAAUACUAGCUUUGUUGUAUACAGUAGUAACACCUUUUAUGAAUCCUUUCAUUUACACACUGAGAAAUAAUGAGGUUAAAAGGGCUCUUAGAAAAACUCUGCAUGUGAGACAGGGUAAGCGUACGCCGCACAAGCUCCCUCUGGAUAGGAUUACCGGCAGCGCUUGCAGAACAGAUGUGUUAGAGCAUGAAACUUUCAGAAGUGGAGAAAUUUCACAAAAUAAAUUGUUAAUUUUACCAUUACCACAAAAUUACAAUUUGGUUAGAAAAUACAAAGGCAUCAGCGUUCCAGAAAAUCCAACUGCCCAGGAUCCAACAGCCAUCUGA